AGCUUCCUGUUGCCAAGGGUAACCAAGGAACCUCAAAUCAUCAACUGCGGCACAAAAACAGCAAAGUUAGCUCCAUGACAAACAUAUUUAACUCACUCGAAGGCCUGCUGCUGUCCGCUCGGAAUGGACAUGAAUCAUUCGUCGUGCUGGGAUUCAAUUCUGGAGAGGGCAAAACCACAAAUACCGACCAUCGACUCUGAUUCUUCAUUUUCCGAUAAUGAGGAGAUAGUCACCUUAUAUCAGAGACCAGCUGGUCUUUCCCUGAAGGUCCCCGAAGACUUUGAGAGUUUCUCACUGGAUGAUGAUGAACUAGAGGCAAAUGUUUGUGAGAGAGAUAGUGUGGAGUUGAACGGAGCCGAGAAAAAUCCAAAGUCUGAGGAGCGUUUUCCUGUUCUGUCAUUUGCGAGGCUUGACCAGUGGGAUUUGGAUGAUGUUCUCCGAAAUCUGAAUGAGCGUGGGCUGUCUCUGCACCAACAUGUGUCAGUUGAGUCUUCAACAACACAUGCAGAUGGUGACAAGAACAGGUCCCAGGCUGAUAUAAUGGAGAGACUAGUUGCUCUCUGUAACAGCCAGUCAUCUAAGCUUGUGUCAGAGCCUGUGAAAGGUCCAAACCACACCAGGCAGAAUAAUGUAAGGAACAAAUCGUCGGUGGGGAUGGCAGCAGAGUUGCAGCGGAGCAACCAGGAAUCUCCCACUGUUCAUAUUGACCUGCGUUGUCCUGAUCCUUCAAUAAAACCACAGAGAACAUCCCCAAAUCUUUCAUCAGCGCGCAGGUCACCAGCCAAACACAACAGCCACCAGGAAACACCACCUGCAAAGAAACCCAAUCUUAAAGUACAUACUGUACCACAGAUGGAAGACAGGGAAGUGACUGGAAAGAGUAUGCUGCUUCAGAAAACAAGGGAGAUGAACAGAAGUGGGAAAGAAUAUCCCUAUAAACAUACAAAUCCUCGGUAUCCAGUGAUAGAGAAUGAAGCAGAAGAGCUGAAACUAAAGCCACCCCAGCCUGUAGAAUCUGCUGGCAGCCAUGAGUCGGACCAUCUGUCAGAAGAUAAACACUCUUCACAUGUACAGUUUGAGUACAAUAGGCCCAAAAUGGAAAGCCCACCGAUACCUCAGCAAAGUACAAUCAAAGAACCAAAGCAGCAGAGACAGAGACAACGAGACAAACCGACGUUAAAACGUGAACAACACCAGCAAAUUCUUGAGGAACUGGAAAAACAUCGUCCAACCAAAUCUGUCAACCAGGAGCAGCCAGCUGCAGAGAGAACAGAUGUUCUUUAUGAUUUUGAAGCAUCUCAUCUACAGUCAAUCAGCACUCUACCAGCCGAUAUUGAAAGUAAGCAGUGUAUGCUACUGAUCAUUGACCUCUGCAGUCCUGGUAUGGUCCUCUCCAGGGUUAAUGGCAAGAGGAGGAAACAUCUGUAUCCAGCUGCUACUAAAUCACACAUCUACAACACUUUAGUGGCUUGGUUUCUGUCUUUGGUUGGUCCAGACCAAUGUCACGAUGAAGAUGAGGCUGGUGCAGAGGUCCCAUUCUGGGUUGCAGGACUUCAGCAACUGUGGACAGAGGAGGGAUUAGCUUUGCAUGUUUUAGCUGUGGCUCGUCGCUGUUAUACACCAGUGAAAAGGGACAGACACAUCCACCCACCUUUCCACACCCAUGUGUGGAGGUUCCUCUCUGAGACCUCACUCACCCGAAUUGCUGGAAGAAAAGACUCGCUCGACCAACGGGCCUCUGCCUCACCCACCCAUCUGCCCUCUACCUGUUUAAACCGUUUCAUCACAGCUAUUUCCAAAAAGGAGGUAAUAGAGAGGACAUUUGGUCUCAGUCCAGGGUUUUAUUGGCAGACUGUGGAAACUCAAGAGUGUGCCUGUGAGGGGAGAGAGACCACACUAGAACCGCACACAGAGGUAUCAGUCGCUCUGUUUUGCAGAGCUUUCUUCCUAAGUCCCCUCAAAACACACAACACCCUCCAGCAUGUUCUCGUCUCAGGACUCGAUGUGUGUGGUCUGCGGCUCCUUUAUCCACCACAGGAGUUCCUGACUGACAGUGCUGGUCCUGUGCCAGUCAUCCAGAGAAAUGCUGAGACCUGGCAGCCUAUACUUGCCUUUGCUGUUCGUGGCCCUCAUGCCCACUCAGUUUUGAAAGAUUUAACACGUUCCUUAGAGCCUCUGCUAACCAAAAAGAUAGAUACAGCAUCUCUCAGUCCUCCUCACUGCAUAAGUCAACAACCUCCACUCUGCUGCUCCCCGCAACUGGCCACUCAAGUCCACAGGGAGCUGUGCUUAUGGUUUUCAGGAAGAUGUCAUGUAGUUGCCGAGAAUCACGAUCAGCUCCUGAAUAGAGUUCUACCUUCAGUUGAGGGAGUCAGAGGCAGCCUGUUCAGCAGAUCACCUUCCUUUCUGUGUGCAACAACAAAAGCUGACUUACUCCUAGUGGUGUCGCCUGUCGUGCCUCCAUGUUGCUACGGCCAGGUUUUGGCUGUUUGCGAACGCAGAGGCUUCAGUCUGAUGGGGCUGCAGAGGUUGAAGCUGCGGAGACAUGGAGCUGCAGUCCUCGGACUCACUAACGACCAGGCCUCUGUGUUCUGCAGUCCACAUGCUGUGACCCUGGAUCAGGAGGAGCUGCAGCUGCCCUCUCUCUGCCUGGUGUUGUUACUGAGGAAGGAAAAUGCAAUGCUUCACACCUUUAGUCUGCCAGCAGCUCUAAUGAGAGAAUUUAUGGUGCGAAAGCUUCUUGGCUGCAUCCACCCCAGACUUGAUGGUGCUCACGCUGUAGAGCCGCGUUUCUGGUUUCACACAGUGUCUUACAGCAAAAACCUGCACAACAUUUUUGUUAGGUGUAUGUGGGCCGUGCCAGAUCCCUCCAGUGUGAUCUUGUCCCAUCAUCAGCGCUCAUCCAUCUCUAACAUGAAGCAGGUGGUGAUUUUGACCUUGUGUGGGAAGGACAUGAGCCAAGGCCUGAGCCUCCUACACAGAGUGCUGACAGAAGGGCCAGAAGGUGACAAACAACACGCCGGAUUCGAGCUGCUUGGCCUGAAGUGUCUGCCUGCUUUAACCCGACUUCAAGCUCAGGAGCUGAGUCCAUACGAGGUGGGAGAGCAGCUCUGUCACAACAGCGUGGACAGCCUGAUGUCCUCUCCCGUCCUCGUGUGCGCUCUUAGACGGGUGGAUGCAUUUGCUUCGCUGAGGAAGCUCCUGCCACACGAUUAUCCUGGCAACCUCAGUGUCCUGAUGUCCCCCACACCAGAAGUAGCUUUUAGACAAGCCUCCCUUUUCUUCUAUGAGCAUGAGAUGAUUCCUGGUCCACAGAUGCUCACUAUGUGCCUGUUCAAGCCAAGAACCUGGAAUCACAUUUUGGCUAAAAUAGUCAGCAAACUCCAUCUGAGUGGCCUGACUGUGGUGGGCCUGCGUGUGGUGACCCUGGACAGAGGCAACGCUGCCUCACUACUGCCUGCAGAAAGUGACCCCUCAUACUUGAAGGCCAGUGUGGAGUACCUAUGCUCUGGUUCCUCAUUGGUUCUCUGCCUUGAGGGGGAGAAUGUUGUGAAGGCGCUCCUGGACGUGCUGGGUCAAGAAGACUCAACCCUGCGGACAACCUGUUCUGGCACAGCUCAUUCAUUCAGUGUCAUGUAUGGAUCAGGAUCGAAUCAGGAAGCAAUCGCGGAUGUGAAAAGGUUUUUUCCAGAGGGGCUCUGCUGUAUUCAGAGCAGCACCAUGAGACAGGAGCAGAUACUCAGUAUGUGUUCAGACCGUUUAGCCUCGGUGGAGCGUGAACAGAGCUGCACACUGGCCCCUGUGGCCCAGGAAAGACGGUCAACUUCAGGACUUAAAGAAGGGUCCCUGAUACACAGUGCUCUCUGGCAGACAACCUGUCUGCUGAUACCGUUAAAUACUCCACCCCUCAGCCAGGUGCCGUCCCAGCUGGACAUGCUGGAGCAGCUGCUGAGGUCAGGCUGCCAUCUGGUGGCAGGGAGGAUGACCAUCCUGGAUAAUGAGCAGUGCAAACAUAUCGCUCAGACACUGAAAGCGUCAGCCAAAGACAAUGAGAGGAUGGCUCAUCUUUCCGCUGCACCCUGUCUCAUCAUGGCUCUGCAGGGGGACACGAUUGUGACCUGCUUCACCUCGAUGCUUGAAAGCAUUUUCAAGAAACGGUCAGACCUACAAAAAGUGGGGAAAAUGAUCAUCUACCCUGAGAGCGAGGAAGAGGCCAAUCAACUGAUAUGCUACUUAUUUGAUGCCUUGUCUCCUGAGAGCCAUCAUAUCAUUGUGCCAUGAGGUACAAAUGGAUGCACAGGCACGUUUCCCAAUGAUCAAACUCCAUCUGUUGCCAUUUUCUUAAUGUGUUUACUCUGAAAAAUUAGAGUUCCAAUUGCUCAGGAAAGACUUGUUUUAGACAUUUUUCAAUUCACUGUGAUGUAAUAAAUAUAUUUCUAUUUCCUAAGAA